AUGAAUUUUCUUCAUAAGAACAUUUUCACCUGUUUUGGAACUUCUCGGGCACUCAUUAGUGAUGAAGGAAGCCAAUUUUACAACAAACGUUUAGAUUCUCUUCUUGCUAGAUAUGGAGUUCAUCAUAGAACUGCUUUGGCAUAUCAUCCUCAAAUGAAUGGCCAAGCGAAAGUGUCUAAUCGUGAAGUCAAGCUUAUUCUUGAGAAGACUGUGAUGGGUUCUCCAAAGGAUUGGUCCAAAAAGUUAGAUGAUGCAUUGUUGAAAUAUAGGAAAACUUUCAAGACACCUAUUUUCAUAUCGCAUGGAUGGUGUUUGGAAAGGCUUUUCACUUGUCGGUUGAGCUAG